AUGGCAAAGUACCCACCUCUGUGGUACGGAUCGGGUCUGCGCCGUGUAGUGCCGCGGAAUGGGUUAGUGCAGAGUAGUAGUGGAGUUGUAAAUAUGUGGACUGUGGAGUUUGCUGUUUUGGACUGUGGACUGUGGACUGUGGACGGUGAAUAUGUCGUGUGGACUGUGGACUGUGGACUGUGGACUGAGUGUGGAGUGUGGACUGUGGACUGAGUGUGGAGUGUGGACUGUGGACUCACCGGACUGUAGAGCAAAGCUAAUUACAUAACUUAACCUGUAAAACCUAUACAGUAUAUUACCUCUAUAUAACGUCUACAUUUUCAAAAAAUAGACGUAAAUACGUCAAAAGAACUAUGUUUAC